AUGCCGGAAGAAACAGAUGCUCUUCUAGGAAGCAGCCGGCGAUCACGUUCGGCUUCCUUGUCCCAUUAUCUGCGUGAUGAAAUCGACACGCGCCACAGCCAUUGGAUUCUUUUGGUCUGCUAUGUGAUCACCGGCUUACUGGACAGCUCGGCCGUGUUGAUCUGGGGGAGCUUCGUGUCCAUGCAGACGGGCAACUCUGUGUAUUUUGGGCUGGGGCUUGUGGGCCCCAGCGAUGACCGGUGGAUCAAAUCUGGUGUCUCGAUUGCGGGCUUUUGCCUGGGGUCUUUCGUUUUCUCUACUUUGCACAGGCUGUUCCCGCCUCGACACCGCUGGGUGCUGAUGAGCUCGUUCCUGAUCCAAGUAGUAUGCAUUGGGAUCGCUGCUUCAAUUGUUACAAUCUAUCGGCCUACUCGGGACACCCCUCUGGGCUGGCUUGUGCUCCUCCUCUGGUUCUUGUUUCAGCACAAUCAAGCGGCCAGGCCGUGGCCAGUCGGGUACUGCGAUGCAACGGCUUGA